AUGGCUUCCAAUAUGAACGGCACACAUGUUCCCCAAGAACCGUCUUAUAUCACCGAUGUCAAAGUUUAUCAUAAUGGUCUUCCAGGCGAUUUCCGAGUCGAGAGCGACAGUCUAGAUAUCCGUCUGGAAGCUACGGUUGAUUCGCGCGGCAAAAUCUCCGAUAUCUUAUUCAAGCAUCGUAAUGGAGAGCAAGUAAGGGAUGGGAUCUUUACUGAUAGACGGGGAAGCCUUUACUUCACAGGAGAUGCCCGCCUCGCGCAAAUUGUUAUUGUAGUGAUGGGGAUUGCUUGUGAGACAGUUGGUGUGCCAGAGCGAGUUUCUAUUAUGGUUAGUCCUGAGCUUGAUGGUUGA